AUGCCUCCACACUUACACCCUCGCUCAACAGCUACAUCCACACUAUUUGCCGGUACUCUGCUCGCUUCCUUCGUUGUUGUUGGCAUCCCACAUCUCUUUCCUUGCCCCCGGCCGCGAAGAGGGUACGCAGACACCGAAAUCCAAUUCGAUGAAGAUGGAAAACCAGUUCGGAGAGUCAGGCGGCAACAAGUGACUGGGCAACCCGCUCCAUCAGCAGACCAGAUCUCAGACCUCAAGAGCACAACUAUCCAGGCUCAACCCAGAGCAGCACGGAAAGGUCUCGCCGACCAUAAGAACCUAGAAGAGGAAGCUGCAUUAUUCAGAGAACUUCAGAGAGAAGCAGAAAUACUGGAGAAAGCCGAUAGAGAAGCACGGGAAUGCCCUGUCCCUAAGCCUACUGGCAUGUUAGGGCGAUUAUUAGGAUUCGAAGACAAAACAGUUGUUACCGUUAUGGAUCAGAAGCGCUGA